UAUCAAAUAUGUAUGUGUCCGGUGUCUGGUGUUUGUGUUCGUGUUUCUAUUUAUGCUAGCUAGUGCUUCAUAGAUAGAACAUGAUAUGUUAUUAAUGCUUAUUAGAUUGUAGAGUAAAGAAACAGAUUACAUAUUUUACAAUGGUGAAAGUUUGUUAUCUCAUGCAUAAGGAAUAUGGUUUAGGAUCAUGCAUUGUCAAUGCCUAGAAUCUUGAAAGUUAUAGAAAAGCAUUGCAUAAAACACUCUUUUGUCAUGAUAAAAUCUAUUAUGAGACUCCGGUUAAUCACAGUUUAACCGUUACAAAUUUGAAGUCAUCUGAUAACCUAUUGCAUCCCCUCAAACACAGAUAAAGUCUUUGAGAAAAAGAGAAAAAUAUUACCUUGUGAUCAUAUAUUCAAAUAUUUCAAUAAUUGAAAAGAUAUAUAGUUAAAAAAUGACAUCACAUUUGUGUGAGUGUAAAGAGAAGUUAUUAUUAUUAUUAUUAUUAUGGUAGGAAAAAUGAACAGGUAAAGUUGUCGGGAGAUAUUUUUAUAUUUUUGUGAUGAGUUUAACUCAAAUGUGGUCCAAAGUAUUGGAAGGAGACAAACUAUACUAAAAGGAAGUAGAUGCCAUCAUUUUGUGCCAAUGUUUGAAGAAUCAGUUGGACCAUUAAUAUUCAUGUAAACUUGUGACGAAGAAGGUUAAAAAGAUGGAGAAGCUUGUUAGGUCUUGUGACAAAGAGUAUAUGAGAAUGGCUAUGUUAAAGCAUGAAGAAACUUUCAAACAACAGGUAUAUGAACUUCAUCGAUUGUAUCAAAUACAAAAGAUAAUGAUGCAAAAUAUGGAGACUAAACGAGGCGUCGAAGUGAAAGAACAAGAGUGGUACUUCAGAAACGCGAUGAGUUUAACUCAAAAUGCUAAUCAUCGUAAAGAUGCACAAGAAAAAAGGACUCAAAUCAAAUUUGAUCUCGAAAGGCCAGCAGAAGAGCACAUUGCAGAAUCAGAUGACGACGAGGGGAUAGAGAUCAUGGACGAGACGGAGAUCGAGCUUACAUUAGGCCCGUCGCGAUAUACCCGUAGCAAGAAAGGUGAGACACCAAUAACUUCAGAUUCAGGACGUAGCUUAUCUUCAUCUUCAACUGGAUCAAGUGACAUAAACAAGAUAAGAAGAUACAUGACACAUCAUAAAAGAGAAGAAUCAAAUGGAAUUACUCAAAACAGCUUUGGUAUUGAAGAACAAUUAAGACAACAAGAGAGAUUAAAACAGUCACCUUGGUUUUUUCAAGUGAUGAAUCUAAACAUGACAUAAGAAAAAGAAAAAGUGUUAAUGUCAAUGUGAUAUAUUUAAAUUUUUCUAGCUAACUUUUGUGAAUGAUGUUAGUGUUGUGUGGAGUGUUGUGAUCAAUUGUUAUCAAGUUAUGGUGGGGUUUGAUAUGUCACGCAUUAAGACCACUAUUUUACUUUGUGAACAGAUCCAAUACUAUUCAUAUGUCACAUGUCACAU